UAAAAUUUAUCUAAACGCGCUCGCGAUUGUCAAGAUAUCCAUCCACUUUAUAUCAUCAACAAUAAAGUGAACUUUUAUUCAGAAGGGGACUUUUGAUGGAAUUUGGGACUCGGUACCCAAGACAUUAAAAAUGUCAUCAAUACCACCACCUCCACCGCCAGGAUGGAGCUCUUCGGCGCCUCCAUCAAUGCCUCUGGGCGCGCCACCCGGUGCUCCUCCUCCUCCAGGUUAUCGACCACCAGCGGAUCCACAUGUUGCGAAGUUUGCACAGAAGAAGAAGGACUGGUUACGAUCUCAGCGAAAUCGAUUCGGCGAAAAACGAAAAGGUGGCUUCGUAGAAACUCAGAAAGCUGAUAUGCCCCCAGAGCACCUGCGAAAGAUCGUUAAGGACAUUGGAGAUGUAUCGCAAAAGAAGUUCAGCAGCGACAAACGGAGCUAUCUUGGUGCACUCAAGUUUAUGCCACAUGCCGUGAUGAAAUUGUUGGAGAACAUGCCAAUGCCUUGGGAGUCUGCGAGGGAGGUAAAGGUGCUGUACCAUGUCAAUGGUUGCCUGACUUUGGUUAAUGAGAUUCCACGAGUUAUAGAGCCAGUGUUCCACGCACAAUGGGCUACGAUGUGGAUUUGUAUGAGAAGAGAGAAAAGUGACAGAAGACAUUUCAAGAGGAUGAGAUUCCCGCCAUUCGACGACGAAGAACCGCCCCUAUCAUGGUCGGAGAACAUUGAAGACGUCGAGCCACUGGAGCCAAUUCAACUGGAACUUGAUGAGGGGGAAGACGGCGCUGUUUUUGAAUGGUUUUACGAGAAUCGACCACUUCUUGAUACUCCACAUAUCAACGGCCCGAGUUACAAGGAAUGGAACCUUACGUUACCUCAAAUGGCAACUUUAUAUCGAUUGAGUCGGCCAUUACUGAGUGAUUUGGUUGACAAGAACUACUUUCACAUGUUCGAGUUGAAAAGCUUUCAAACAGCCAAAGCUUUGAAUGUUGCGAUUCCCGGCGGUCCUCGUUUUGAACCCUUAUAUAAAGAUGUGGAUCCUAAUGACGAAGAUUUUGGAGAGUUCAAUGCUAUUGAUCGCAUCAUCUUCCGAGCUCCAAUUCGGACAGAAUAUCGUGUAGCAUAUCCCUACUUAUACAAUUCACUUCCUCGCAGCGUUAAGCUUUCCUGGUUCUCGCACCCGCAAGUGGUAUACGUUCGUGCCGAGGAUCCAAGUUUACCAGCAUUUUAUUUCGAUCCCGUCAUCAACCCAAUCUCUUCAAGAUCCGUCGCCCCUAAAAAUAUCACUAUUAGUCACGAAGACGAGAUAUUCGGACCCGGAAAUAAUGAAGAACCGGAAGAAGACGCUUUCAGAUUACCAGGUGGUGCUGAGCCAUUUCUGGCGGAUGAGGAGUUGUACACAAGCGAGACCGCUUCAGCAAUCUCUUUGUGGUGGGCACCAUUUCCGUUUAAUCGAAGAUCUGGUCGCAUGGUUCGGGCACAAGACGUACCUCUAGUAAAGCAAUGGUACCUUGAGCAUUGCCCUCAGGGUCAACCAGUGAAGGUCCGAGUUUCGUAUCAGAAGCUUCUGAAGACUUAUGUCUUGAACGAGCUGCAUAAGCGCAAGCCGAAAGCACAGAGUAAACAGAGUUUGAUGAAGUCGUUGAAGCAAACGAAAUUCUUCCAGCAAACAACAAUUGAUUGGGUUGAAGCUGGACUUCAGGUCUGCAGGCAGGGUUUCAAUAUGCUAAAUCUUCUUAUUCAUCGCAAGAACCUCACAUACCUACAUCUUGAUUAUAAUUUCAAUUUAAAGCCUGUUAAGACAUUGACAACGAAGGAGAGAAAGAAGUCUCGAUUCGGAAAUGCGUUCCAUCUCAUGCGAGAGAUCUUGAAGAUGACCAAGCUGAUCGUUGACGCACAAGUUCAGUACCGUCUUGGCAAUAUCGAUGCUUUUCAACUCGCGGAUGGUAUUCUAUAUGCUUUUAACCAUGUUGGUCAGCUGACUGGAAUGUAUCGUUACAAGUACAAGCUGAUGCAUCAGAUUCGCUCAUGUAAAGAUCUGAAGCAUUUAAUAUAUUAUCGAUUCAAUUCUGGACCUGUAGGUAAAGGACCUGGUUGUGGUUUCUGGGCACCUGCUUGGAGAGUUUGGCUCUUUUUCAUGCGUGGUAUAAUUCCAUUACUAGAAAGAUGGCUUGGGAACCUCCUCUCUAGGCAGUUUGAAGGACGUCAUAGCAAAGGUGUUGCAAAGACUGUCACGAAACAACGUGUUGAGUCGCACUUUGAUCUUGAGUUGCGAGCAUCGGUCAUGGCCGAUCUUCUUGAUAUGAUGCCGGAGGGUAUCAAGCAAAACAAGGUUCAAACGGUACUUCAACAUCUUUCAGAGGCAUGGAGAUGCUGGAAGAGUAAUAUCCCUUGGAAAGUUCCAGGUUUACCGGCACCUAUCGAGAAUAUCAUUCUUCGUUAUGUGAAGAGUAAGGCAGAUUGGUGGAUCUCCGUUGCUCACUACAAUCGUGAGCGUAUUCGUAGAGGAGCGACUGUGGACAAAACCGUUGCAAAGAAGAAUCUCGGUCGUCUUACAAGACUUUGGCUUAAGGCUGAACAAGAGAGGCAGCAUAACUAUAUGAAAGACGGUCCAUACGUGUCAUCUGAAGAAGCUGUCGCCAUCUAUACAACUACGGUCCAUUGGCUGGAGUCACGAAAAUUCUCACCAAUUCCAUUCCCUAGUGUUUCCUACAAGCACGAUACCAAAAUCCUCAUUCUUGCUUUGGAACGUCUUCGCGAAGCAUAUUCUGUGAAGGGGCGAUUGAACCAAAGUCAGCGUGAGGAACUGGCAUUGAUUGAGCAGGCUUAUGACAGUCCUGGAACCACUUUGGAGAGAAUCAAGCGCUUCCUACUGACACAGAGAGCUUUCAAAGAAGUAGGAAUCGAUAUGAACGACAAUUAUAGCACAAUCAACCCUGUAUAUGAUAUCGAGCCUGUGGAAAAGAUCAGUGAUGCCUAUCUUGACCAAUACCUCUGGUAUCAAGCUGAUCAGCGCCACCUUUUCCCUGCCUGGAUCAAGCCUUCCGAUUCCGAGGUCCCGCCCUUACUGACCUACAAAUGGGCUCAAGGUAUUAAUAACCUCGACAAAGUAUGGGAGACUGCAGAUGGAGAGUGUAAUGUUAUGAUCGAAACACAACUAUCCAAGGUGUACGAGAAGAUCGAUUUAACUCUUCUUAAUCGUUUACUUCGACUUAUCAUGGACCACAACCUGGCUGAUUACAUAUCAUCUAAAAAUAACGUUCAAUUGACCUACAAAGAUAUGAAUCACGUCAACAGUUACGGAAUGAUCAGAGGUCUUCAAUUCUCGGCCUUCGUUUUCCAGUACUAUGGACUUGUUCUCGACCUCUUGCUUCUUGGCCUCCAACGCGCUAGUGAAAUUGCUGGGCCACCAGCAGGUCCUAACGAUUUCCUCCAAUUCCGUGAUCGGGAGACCGAAACAAGGCAUCCAAUUCGUCUAUACACGAGAUAUAUUGAUCGUAUCUGGGUGUUCUUCCGCUUUACGGCCGACGAAUCGCGCGAUCUUAUCCAGCGUUUUCUUACAGAGCAACCUGAUCCUAAUUUUGAAAAUGUCAUCGGCUACAAGAACAAGAAAUGCUGGCCAAGAGAUUCUAGAAUGCGUCUCAUGAGACACGACGUCAAUCUCGGCCGCGCUGUUUUCUGGGACUUGAAGAACCGCUUACCAAGAUCUGUUACCACGAUCGAAUGGGAUGAUACCUUUUCAAGCGUAUACAGCCGAGACAACCCGAAUUUACUCUUUUCCAUGUGCGGUUUCGAAGUACGAAUUCUUCCUAAGAUUCGUAACCAGAACGACGAAUUUCCUGUUAAGGACAGCGUAUGGUCCUUAGUCGAUAACACCAGCAAGGAGAGAACGGCACAUGCGUUCUUGCAGGUCACAGAGGAAGAUAUCGCGAAAUUCAAUAAUCGCAUUCGUCAAAUUCUGAUGUCCUCUGGGUCAACCACAUUCACAAAGAUUGCCAAUAAAUGGAAUACAACCUUGAUCGCCCUCUUCACAUAUUAUCGUGAAGCAGCUGUGUCAACAGUCAACUUACUGGAUACCAUCGUGAAAUGUGAGACUAAAAUUCAGACCCGAGUUAAGAUUGGUCUUAAUUCUAAGAUGCCUUCUCGUUUCCCUCCUGCUGUUUUCUAUACACCCAAGGAACUUGGUGGUCUUGGUAUGAUUUCUGGAUCACAUAUCCUCAUUCCUACAAGUGACAAAAGAUGGUCCAAGCAGACAGACGUUGGUGUUACACAUUAUCGCGCAGGAAUGAGCCAUGAUGAAGACACUCUUAUCCCUAACAUUUUCAGAUACAUUAUACCAUGGGAAGCUGAAUUUAUCGACUCUCAGCGUGUGUGGACUGAAUAUUCUCAGAAACGUCAGGAGGCAAACCAGCAGAAUCGAAGAUUGACACUUGAGGAUCUCGAAGAUAGUUGGGAUCGUGGAUUACCUCGUAUCAACACACUUUUCCAGAAAGAUAGAAGCACUUUGAGUUUCGAUAAAGGGUUUCGCGCACGUACGGAGUUCAAGACAUACCAACUUAUGAAGAGUAAUCCAUUUUGGUGGACUAGUCAACGUCACGAUGGUAAAUUGUGGAACCUCAAUGCCUAUCGUACCGAUGUUAUUCAAGCACUUGGUGGUGUUGAAACCAUUCUUGAACACACACUCUUUAAGGCGACAGCAUUUCCAUCAUGGGAAGGUCUCUUUUGGGAAAAAGCAAGUGGAUUUGAAGAGCGAGUAGACCCUUACCCCCAAGUUUAAAUAGAAGUUUACUAACAUUUCAAAAUACAGGUCUAUGAAAUUCAAGAAGUUAACAAACGCUCAAAGAUCGGGUCUUAAUCAAAUCCCCAAUCGUCGCUUUACUCUUUGGUGGUCACCUGUGAGUUACAUGAUUUUCUUUCUAGCAUGAGAGUGUAUUUGAUUGUCAAAUUUGGACUGAGAAAGUGAUGUCUCAUGAGGCACAUUUUUGGAGCUCGGCGUGCGAUUUAUUUCAUGCAUGGCCUGGCCUCCUAAAUUCACUUUGCAAUGUCCCGCGCGCUUUAAGAUAAUGAAUAAAAAGCUGACGUUUCGUUUAAAUCUAGACAAUCAACAGAGCCAAUGUGUAUGUUGGUUUCCAAGUUCAACUGGAUCUAACUGGUAUUUUCUUGCACGGCAAGAUUCCAACUUUGAAGAUAUCACUUAUCCAGAUCUUCAGAGCACAUCUUUGGCAGAAGAUACAUGAGAGUGUGGUCAUGGAUCUCUGUCAAGUAUUUGAUCAAGUUAGUUGAUCCGUACCCUCUACAUCCUUCCUCACAAGCAAUUACUGACUUUCCCGACCUUAUAGGAACUUGAACAACUUGGUAUUGAGACAGUACAGAAAGAGACUAUUCAUCCUAGAAAGUCCUACAAGAUGAACAGCUCCUGUGCCGAUAUUCUACUGUUUGCAAGCCACAAGUGGAAUGUAACCCGCCCAUCUAUUUUAUUCGAUACGAAAGAUGUAAUUGAAGCUACUACAACGAACAAAUUCUGGGUAGAUGUCCAACUUCGUUACGGAGACUAUGAUUCUCACGACAUUGAACGAUAUGUCCGCGCAAAAUACCUCGAUUACACAACUGACAGUAUGAGUAUCUAUCCUUCCGCCACAGGUCUAAUGAUUGGUAUUGAUCUUGCCUACAAUCUCUACUCGGCGUAUGGGCAAUACUUCCCCGGUCUCAAGCAAUUGAUUCAGCAGGCUAUGGCCAAAAUCAUGAAGGCAAACCCAGCCCUUUAUGUCUUGCGCGAACGUAUCAGGAAGGGUCUCCAAUUGUACGCAUCUGAAAGUAAUCAAGAGUUUUUGAAUUCUCAAAAUUACUCCGAACUUUUCAGCAACCAGAUUCAGCUUUUCAUUGAUGACACAAAUGUUUAUCGUGUUACCAUCCACAAGACUUUCGAGGGUAACCUGACGACCAAACCGAUUAACGGAGCAAUUUUUAUCUUCAAUCCUCGCACGGGUCAACUCUUCUUGAAGAUUAUUCAUACAAGUGUUUGGGCAGGACAGAAACGUCUAGGACAAUUGGCUAAGUGGAAGACUGCUGAAGAAGUUGCUGCUCUCAUUAGAUCAUUGCCCAUCGAAGAGCAACCGAAACAGCUUAUCGUUACGAGAAAGGGUCUUCUUGAUCCACUUGAAGUGCAUUUGCUUGACUUUCCGAACAUCUCCAUUCGCGCUUCCGAAUUGCAAUUACCAUUCCAGGCUGCCAUGAAAGUCGAGAAGCUCGGUGACAUGAUUCUUCGUGCCACUGAACCUCAAAUGGUUCUCUUCAACCUUUACGACGAAUGGCUCAAGUCAAUUUCCUCAUACACCGCCUUCUCGCGUUUGAUCCUUAUCUUACGUGCUUUACAUGUAAAUCAGGAUAAGACGAAGUUAUUGCUUCGACCUGAUAAGACUGUGAUCACUCAAGAGCAUCAUAUUUGGCCCACAUUAUCAGACGAAGAUUGGAUCAAGGUCGAAACUCAACUGCGCGAUCUCAUCCUUAAUGACUACGGCAAAAAGAACAAUGUCAACACUUCCAGUCUUACCAGCAGUGAAGUGCGUGACAUCAUCUUGGGUAUGGAAAUUAGUGCUCCGUCAAUGCAACGUCAGCAAGCGGCCGAGAUUGAAAAGCAGCAACAAGAGCAGCAACAGCUUACAGCUGUCACAACCAAGACUCAAAACGUUCACGGAGAGGAUAUCAUUGUUACAACUACCUCGCAGUUCGAGCAACAAACCUUUGCAUCAAAGACUGAAUGGAGAACGAGAGCGAUUGCAACCUCGAACUUGAGGACGCGAUCCAACAAUAUUUAUAUAUCCUCUGACGAUGUUAAAGAAGAUGAUCAUUACACGUAUAUCAUGCCCAAGAAUAUCUUGAAGCGCUUUAUUACCAUUGCGGAUUUGAGAGUUCAAGUAGCUGGAUAUCUAUAUGGUUCAUCCCCUCCAGACAACGACCAAGUGAAGGAGAUUCGUUGCAUUGUAAUGGUACCGCAAAUUGGUAGUACACGCGACGUACAAUUGCCUCAGCAGUUACCACAGCACGAAUAUCUUGACCAAAUGGAACCUCUCGGAAUUAUUCAUACUGUUUCUGGUAACGAACCGCCGUACAUGACAGCUAUGGAUGUCACUCAACAUGCACGUCUCAUGAAUGCGCACAAGUCAUGGGAUAAAAAGACAAUCAGCAUGACGGUUUCAUUCACCCCAGGAAGUGUGUCACUAGCAUCGUGGGCGCUCACGCCUCAUGGUUACAAAUGGGGUGCAGAAAACAAAGACCUUGGUAGCGACCAGCCGCAGGGCUUCAGCACGAACAUGGGCGAGAAGUGUCAGCUUUUACUUAGUGACAAGAUCCGUGGAUACUUCUUGGUACCUGAGACCAACUCAUGGAACUACAGUUUCAUGGGAAGUGCUUUUGGAAGCUUGGAGAAGAAGCCAGUACAUGUGAAGAUUGAUACACCUGCUCCAUUCUACAACGACGUACACCGACCUUUACAUUUCCAAAACUUUGCCGAAUUGGAGGAUAUCUGGGUUGACAGUGAAGACAAGCUUGCGUAGAAUAAUGACACUUAGGGGUAUGAAAAAAAAAAGAGAAGCAGGAUGUUAUGAGAAGAUUGGAACUGGGAAGAUGAAUUAAUUAGCGUGCAUCUGUAUUCAAUUAGGAUGGGCACUCGGCGUUUAAUGCGGAGUGCGCAUUGUAACAAUGUAUUUUUUGUAGAUGAAUAAUAUGGUAGCAAAAUGAAAUAAAUUCGG